GGUGUUGUCUAAGCGGCCAAUGGCAGUGCGGGGGUGGGCCCUGCGCUGUGAGGGUCUGGCAGUCUCCCCGCGGCUUAGGGACUCCCAGCGGGCAGGAUGGCGGCGCUGGCAGGUCGCGGGGCCCAAGCUGGGCAGCGGUUCCUAUGCAGGAUCCCUGCAAUAGUGAGUCCCACCUGGUAUUCUUCAUCCUUCUUCUCUUCUUUCUCAGUGCCAGCAACCAAAUUGUUCAUUGAUGGGAAGUUUGUUGAAUCCAAAACUACCGAAUGGAUCGAUAUCCACAACCCAGCCACAAACGAGGUGGUUGGUCGUGUCCCGAAGGCCACUCAGAGUGAGAUGGAGGCAGCUGUGACUUCAUGCAAAAAGGCUUUACGGAACUGGUCAGAGACAUCGGUUCUGAGCCGCCAGCAAAUCUUCCUGCGUUACCAGCAGCUCAUCAAGGACAACCUGAAAGAAGUUGCCAAACUCAUCACUUUGGAGCAAGGAAAGACCCUGGCUGAUGCUGAGGGAGACAUAUUCCGAGGCCUCCAGGUGGUUGAGCACGCCUGUAGCGUGACAUCCCUCAUGCUGGGAGAGACCCUGCCCUCCAUCACUAAGGAUAUGGACACUUACACCUUUCGUCUGCCUCUGGGAGUGUGUGCAGGGAUUGCACCAUUCAAUUUCCCAGCCAUGAUUCCUCUCUGGAUGUUCCCCAUGGCCAUGGUUUGUGGAAACACCUUCUUGAUGAAGCCAUCGGAGCGUGUGCCAGGAGCACUCAUGUUCCUUGCUAAGCUGUUACAGGAUGCUGGUGCCCCUGAUGGGACUCUGAACAUCAUCCAUGGGCAACAUGAAGCUGUGAAUUUUAUUUGUGACCAUCCGGAUAUCAAGGCAAUCAGCUUCGUGGGGUCCAAUCAGGCUGGAGAGUACAUCUAUGAAAGAGGAUCCCGGAAUGGCAAGAGAGUCCAAUCCAACAUGGGAGCCAAGAACCAUGGUGUGGUGAUGCCCGAUGCCAAUAAGGAGAACACCUUGAAUCAGCUUGUUGGAGCUGCUUUUGGAGCAGCUGGCCAACGCUGCAUGGCCCUGUCUACAGCCGUAUUAGUGGGAGAGGCAAAGAAAUGGCUGCCAGAGCUGGUGGAGAGAGCCAAGAACCUGCGAGUUAAUGCAGGAGACCAACCAGGAGCAGAUCUGGGGCCCUUAAUCACCCCCCAAGCUAAGGAGCGGGUCUGCCACCUGAUUGAGAGUGGAGUGAAGGAAGGAGCUGCCCUCCUCCUGGAUGGACGAGACAUCAAAGUGAAGGGUUAUGAGAAAGGCAACUUUGUUGGACCAACCAUCCUUGCUAAAGUCCAGCCAAGCAUGACCUGCUAUAAGGAGGAAAUCUUUGGGCCAGUUCUAGUAGUUCUGGAAGCAGACACUCUUGAUGAAGCAAUUGAGAUAGUGAACAGAAAUCCCUAUGGAAAUGGAACUGCAAUCUUCACCACCAAUGGCGCCACCGCUAGGAAAUACUCCCACUUGGUGGACGUGGGGCAGGUGGGUGUAAAUGUUCCAAUACCAGUGCCUCUGCCCAUGUUCUCCUUCACUGGCUCUCGUGCUUCUUUCAGAGGAGACACCAAUUUCUAUGGCAAACAGGGGGUGCAGUUCUAUACACAGCUGAAGACCAUCAUCUCUCAAUGGAAAGAGGAAGAUGCCACAGUUACCAAGCCUGCUGUAGUUAUGCCAACCAUGGGAAACUAACCAGCUUUUACAGGGGUACCAUCCAUGGUGCCCUUCACCUUCUGUGCUUCAGACUUCUUCCAGCUGUGUCCUGAUUGCUUCUAUUCCCUAUUUCCCUGGGAGUAGAAAGCCCUGUUCUCCCUAAGAUCUCUAUUUCCAAACAAAUCAGGGAGGCUCCUCAUGUAACGCCCAAACUAAGUUUUCUGUUGCUCUCAACAAUUUUCAGCUAAUUGAGUUCAGUUUCUCCCCAGAAGAAACACUCUCCUUUAGUGACAGGUCAGAUGACAAGCCUGGGCACAAAUUCUUUUUUUUUUUUUUUCCCCCCCCUGCUCCCCAACCCUUCAAACUGAACUUGCACAGGCUCCAUUUUCCACUGUAUCUGACUUUAGUCCCACUGACUCGGUGCUGCAGCUUUCUCCACAUCCCUCUUUGGUCCAAUAUUCUGAUUCCACCUCAUUCUGAGAAACUCUCCCUGUUGCAAAGAAGUGGCUUUUCCAUUUUGGGCAGGUAGCAAGUUUGAGAGUGUCUCUGAAGUUCUGGAGAGUUUAACCCCAUACCCACUGAACAGUUUUUGAAGGGCCUGACGCUUGGGAACUGACUGCUUUAAGAGUUUUACAGGGAGGUUUACGGGGGUGCUUGACUGAGUAUCAAGGAGAUUCCUGAGAGUGUAGAGUGAGUCCUACCCUACCUCGCUCUGGUUGGAAACUUUGAUCCCCAUCAUGUAUGUAUCCUGCCAACUCCUGUUAGUUCUCAGCUCUGACUGUUAGCUGAAACCUCUUGCAGGGUGAUGCUUACUAUGGUAGCAGCAGUGUGCCUACGUGCUCUGUGACCAUGGAAGCAGAAGCACAACCAUGUGUAUGUCCACUCCUGGCUGGUGGUGUUCAAGCCCUGUGAGACGGGGUGGAAUUGGCAGGAAGGAGGCAUUUCCUUCCUCCAAAGGCAACCAAUCUCAAUCUUUUAGUUUCUCUUCCUGAUUGUCAUAUGUCUAUGCUGCUACUGCCCUCUACUUGAUUCACUGUCACACCUGUUCAAGUGUGUGUGCAUCUUUUAGUGACUGCAGGCCCUAAUACUAGUGACAGGUAAGGAGGUUCUGUUAGCCUAUGUGAUAAAGGUCUUUGUAGCUGGAGAUCUGGGGUUCUAUCCCCUGGGUGGGUGGGAAGGAUUGGGUUUGAGCUGGUGACUCAUGAUGCAGCCAUGGAAUAGUUAAGGAAAGGUCCUGGGAUGGGGUAAGAUUAAGGGGACAUUGUUAGCUUCACUUGGACUCUGCUAUAAGUGGCAGGGACUUGCAUAAAGUUGCUUCUUGCACCCAAGGAAAAUCAUGCUAUUUAACGGAUUCUAAUCAUGAUUCGUUGGUCUGAUUGAACAAACUGAAUGUGAACACUUUGUAUCCUGCCUUCUGGUAAAGAUGCCUUUUGUAACUGACAGCUGCCUGACUUUAAUACAACUGCUGAGGUGCCACUAAUAUUUGUGUAUUUUCUCUCUGGUUCCAUUAUAUCAUAGAGGGGAAAUGCUCAUAUUUCUGCAAUUUGAUUAUGGAUAAAAAUUGCUAAUGCAUUUCUUCAAUUAA